CCGUCAGUCUCGGCGGCCACUGCUGCUGCGCGCGCACUCGCGACGCACCUUGCCGACAGCUCCGUCACCGACGACGACACACUUGAUCGUCUGCAUCUUGACUAGCGGGCGGAAGAGGGCAGAGCUGCAGAGAUGCAAGAGGCGCAUCAGCACGUCGUUUGCCUGGCAAAGCGCGCGCCAAGCUGCUCAGCCCGCAACUCGGCCGCCUUGUCCACGAUGCAAGCACGGCUGCGCGUCGAGCAUACGGCAGACACAGCGGCGUUGGCUGGUGUACGAGCUCCGCCUCACACCUCUGCAUACCGCCCAGCGGCGCGCACCGCACCGCCAGCGUUUAGCCGGCCAAGCUGCGCGACGGUAGAUGCCCGUCGGCUGGGCAGACGGCAGACAUGUCUGCGCCGACCAAUGACCUCGGCCGACGGCCACACCGCGGCGGCAGCCAGCUGCGCCAGCGCCGUGCACAUCGCACCCGCGCAGCGAUGCGCAGCGCCGUGCACCUCCGCGACGCUGCACGGCAGCAACACUCACGCUGAGCGCGCGACGAGCGAGCGGGCGGGCGAGAGCGAGAGGGAGGCGCGCGACGAAGAGGUGCGCAGAGGGUGCGCAAGGUAGCUUGCGCGAGAGGCAAGCGGCGACGGCGAGCGAGCGAGA